GGCUGCCAGUCACAUGAACCCAGUGAACCCACAUGGUUGAAAAAAAAUGUGCCAGCUUUGCAGCAUCCAGCGGCCGUCAUGGCAACCAGCGGGGGUGAGGGGUGGGGUGGCCGUCGGAGGCGGAGCCACCGGUGUGUUGUAGUGUGUAGCGUGUGAGCAUGCCGCUGCAUCACAUGGCGAAGGGCUCGAUGCAUUGAGAUGAGAGACGAUGCAUUCAUAGUCCUCGGGGAGACACCGAGACGCGCGUGCACACACAUAGGCGAGUAAACACGUGAACGCGCACCGGCUAUGAUCCGCUCCUAGACUAUGGCACCGUCAGGCUCGCGUAAUGUCAAAUGGGGCUGCAAGAGAGUUUGCUACUGGAUCCCCGUCCUGUUCAUCGCCCUCAUAGUGGCUUGGUCGUACUACGCCUAUGUUGUGCAGCUUUGUUUGGUGUCAAUUGAAAGCACAUGGGAAAAGGGCUUAUACUUACUGGUAUACCACGUCAUCUUCAUCAUGUUUAUCUGGGCUUAUGGGCAAACUAUCUUCACCAAGCCCAUGAACCCGCUGAGGGAGUUUCACCUGUCUUACUCGGACAAAGAGCUGCUGGAGCGUGAAGACAGAGGAGAGUCUCAGCAGGAGAUCCUGAGGAGAAUAGCCAAGGAGCUGCCCAUCUACACUCGUACUAACUCUGGAGCAAUCCGUUUCUGUGACCGCUGCCAGCUGCUGAAGCCUGAUCGAUGUCACCAUUGUUCAGUUUGCGAUAAAUGCAUCCUGAAGAUGGAUCACCACUGUCCCUGGGUAAACAACUGUGUGGGAUUCUCCAACUACAAGUCGUUCAUGCUGUUUUUGUCAUAUUCGCUCCUCUACUGCCUUUUUAUAACUGCAACAGACCUUAAAUACUUCAUUAAGUUUUGGAUGGCUGGAGGUAAAGCCCAUUUCCGUCUGAAAGAAUACCUGAACGGCUUUCCAGACACGCAGGCCAAGUUCCACAUCCUGUUCCUCUUCUUCUCAGCCUCUAUGUUCUCCGUCAGCCUCGCUUCACUUUUCAUCUAUCACUGCUGGCUCGUCUGCAAGAACAGGUCCACUCUUGAGGCUGUUCGUGCUCCAGUUUUUCGUCACGGCACAGAUAAGAACGGAUUCAGCCUUGGCUCCAGUAAGAACUUCCGUCAAGUGUUUGGCGAUGAAGCCAAAUACUGGCCCUUUCCUGUUUUCUCCAGUUUAGGGGAUGGUUGCUCGUUCCCAACAUGCCUGGUGAAUACGGACCCUGAGCAGCCAUCCUCACCCGCUGGCCACAUCCCUACAAACAGGAGUACAGCAGAAGGGCGCCACUUCCCAUCCAAGCCAAUGAGGGAGAGUCAAAGCCGACUUCUCAGCAGCACCUCCUCCUGGACUGAAAGUGACAUUGCAGCAGAUGUAGACAAGAAUGGAACUAAAAACCCGGUGAUGACGAUAGAAAAUGAGGCAUAGCCAAGGAAGGUCAGUGCUGCUGCUUGCUCAGUGGAAUGUGUCCUGGUGAUGUCAUCACUGGUAUUUCACUGACAUCUAAACACUGAAAAGUAUUCAGCAUCAAGCCCUGCUGUUUGUGGACUUUAAGUGUGUGAUCAUCCUCGACUAACAACCCAGAGGAUGCAAUGCAAGAGUUGUGUAGUUGUUUAUCUGUAGUGUAACCAUAUGUCCGUGAAGGGCUCGUUGCAAUAUGCCUCAUACGAGUAUAUUUAAGUAUGUUUUUUUUUUUGGUGUGAAAUCUCUGGUGAGGCACUCAUGCUGUACUCUCUCUGGCUACUUCCUAGUGCAGGUCCAGUUUCUUAUUAGUCAUGUAAUUUGAAGAAUGUUUCAAAAAGGCCUCACUGUUACAGUCAAGCUAUAUUUUUCUAUGCGUGUGUAUGAGUCAAGAUGCAAUAUAGUGUCUCGCAAUAAUAAAAACAAAAGUGCUUGUUUGUCAUUGCAUUGCUCUCAGUGCUGCACGUUACAAUAAUAAACUUUGACCUUUCAGACAUAAGUGAAAUUAUACUUCUCAAUACAAAAGCAUUUCCCUUUUAUUUACAAAACAAUCUAAAACAACUGUUGUAUUUCUUAUUCUUUUUCUCCUUUACAGUGUCAAGGAUGUGCUGCAAAAAUGGGGAAAAAACCCACACACAUUUCAGCCAUCAACAUGACACUGAACUUGAAUAAUAUCUAUAUUUCAGCACACGCAAAUAAUAUUCAAACGACUCUGCAUUUGUUAAAAACCUUUGGAAUAUGCGGUUCGUCUAUGCAGCAUGUUAGAGCGGAAAUGCAAAACAAAUACAAAACAAUCUCAUCCAAAGGCCAAUGCAUGAACAAAAAUGAGAGACUUGUUAAAAUGCAACACCAUUUUUUUCCAGGGAGAAAGUGUUAUUUUCUUUUAUUACAACACUAAAACUCUGCAAAAGCAACUUCAAUUAAAACUAAAUGAAUGAAAAUGGUGUCACAACAUUGUAUUCGGCAUGUCUGACACCACCAUGUGCGAUAUGAGAGUCAGUGAUUGUAUUUAUGUGCAUCCAACAUCCAAUCUCAGCAUUGUAUGCUUAGAUAUUAAAGGUUUGGGGCAGACACUAGGCGGC